AUGACCACACAACUUGCAGCGUUGGCGAUUCACCGAAAUUUUAAAUUGUUGCAUUCGUAUAUCACGUUUGCUAUGUUCAUUGGAGUGGCAAUAAAAUGUCUACAUCUGGUUCCUUUGAGAAGUUACCUCAACGGCGACCCGAAUCAUUCGUUUUUAGUAAUUUUAAUAUCCGCGGUUCACAUGUUCAUAAAUCAAUGGUACAUGUACAUAUUCUUGAGGCCAUCAUUUGAAUCGUUCCUCUUGCUGUUGAAUGCCGGGAACUUCCCUUAUGAUUACAAGAAGUUUAGAAAUGAGAGUGCCUCGUGGAUAUUGAAAGGAACCGUAGUCCCUUAUGAACUCAACAUGCUUCACAAAGAUAGUUCCAUCUCUACUUGCACCCUCCAUACUUUGAUCAAAUCCUUCAACGUAUUCUGGUGGUUCGCCAUUUUGUCGGUCAUCUUGCAUCUAUUCAUGAUCGCAUUAUCGACACUGCUGAACUAUCUCCCUGAUCACAAUGUUACUCUGAGGAUAUGUAAGCUAGCGGAUGAUAAACAGCCCGUGAGUUUGGGUGACGAAAAGUUUGAUGAAAACACAAGAGGUAGGGGAUGGGGGAUCUGUAGCGGAGAUGAGCGAAGGCUUAGAGUCAACAUCAACGAAUUCCGAAAUUCGUGCAUAAACGUUAUCAUUGAUUCUAGCUCUAAUGAUAGUUAUAUUGUGGACAUUUACGGGUAUAGCAAUGACAUGUCCGCGAGCGAGGACAGCGGUGAAUCUAAAGAGUCUAGUGUUUAG